CAGAUCUGACUCGUCUCUCUCACGUCAAUGGGCUCCUGAAUCCAAUACAACUGCGAUUCCGCUCCAGAAACACCGCCACAACCACCAUCAUCAUCAGAAGAUCACAGACGUGUAUAUUGGAGUGGAGCCCGAAGAUGUCGUUGGUAACGGCCGUUCGUGAUUACAUCAACCGGAUGUUGCAGGACAUCUCCGGCAUGAAGGUUCUCAUCCUUGAUUCUCACACGGUAAGUACAAUUAGUGUUGCGUAUUCACAGUCAGAGCUUCUUCAGAAAGAAGUAUUCUUGGUAGAGUUGGUAGAUAACAUUUCCAAGUCAAAAGAAUCAAUGUCGCAUCUCAAGGCAGUUUUCUUCCUCCGGCCCACGUCAGAGAAUAUCCAACGAUUGCGGCGUCAGCUAGCUAGUCCUAGAUUUGGAGAGUACCACCUAUUUUUUUCCAACCUAUUGAAGGAUACACAGAUUCAUAAUUUAGCUGAUUCAGAUGAACAGGAAGUUGUCCAACAAGUUCAGGAAUUCUAUGCGGACUUUGUGGCAAUUGAUCCUUACCAUUUCACUUUGAAUGUGCCAUCAAAUCACCUUUAUAUGCUCCCAGCAGUUGUAGAUCCUCCAAGUUUGCAGAACUUCUGUGACCGAGUGGUUGAUGGUAUUGCAGCUGUUUUCUUGGCAUUAAAAAGACGACCUAUUAUUCGAUAUCAAAGGACCUCGGAUAUUGCCAAGAGGAUAGCACAAGAAACAGCAAAACUGAUGUACCAGCAGGAAAGUGGGCUUUUUGAUUUCAGGCGAACGGAAGUUUCUCCGUUGUUGCUGGUAAUUGAUAGGAGGGAUGAUCCUCUGACCCCAUUGCUGAAUCAGUGGACGUAUCAGGCAAUGGUUCAUGAGUUGAUAGGAAUUCAAGACAACAAGGUGGAUUUGAGAAGUACUGGCAAAUUUCCGAAGGAUCAACAGGAGGUCGUGUUGUCAUCAGAACAAGAUGCCUUUUUCAAAGCUAACAUGUAUGAGAAUUUUGGAGAUAUUGGAAUGAAUAUCAAGCGAUUGGUGGAUGAAUUUCAGCAGAUUGCAAAGAGUAACCAGAACAUCCAGACAAUAGAAGACAUGGCCAAAUUUGUUGACAAUUACCCUGAAUACAAAAAAAUGCAAGGAAAUGUUUCAAAGCAUGUGACAUUGGUCACAGAAAUGAGCAAGAUAGUUGAAGAGCGGAAACUCAUGUUGGUUUCACAAACAGAACAGGAGUUGGCUUGCAAUGGUGGUCAAGUGGCAGCUUUCGAGGCAGUGACAAAUCUUUUAAACAAUGAAAGUAUAUCUAAUAUUGAUCGUCUACGCUUGGUGAUGCUUUAUGCUUUGCGCUACGAGAAGGAAAGCCCUGUUCAAUUGAUGCAGCUUUUUAACAAACUGGCUUCUCGGUCUGCCAAGUACAAACCAGGGCUUGUCCAGUUCCUCUUGAAGCAAGCGGGUGUUGAUAAGCGAACUGGGGAUCUUUAUGGAAAUCGAGAUUUUCUGAAUAUUGCUCGUAACAUGGCUCGCGGACUGAAGGGCGUUGAGAAUGUGUACACGCAGCACCAACCACUUUUGUUCCAAACUGUGGAAAGCAUUACCAAGGGACGGAUGAGAGAUGUGGACUACCCAUACGUUGGCAAUCAUUUUCAGCAGGGCAGCAGGCCCCAGGAAGUAGUCAUAUUCAUUGUUGGAGGGACAACAUAUGAAGAGUCACGUUGUGUUGCUCUACAAAAUGCCAGCAAUUCUGGAAUUCGUUUUAUACUUGGUGGUUCUGUGGUUCUGAAUUCUAAGAGAUUUCUGAAGGACUUGGAAGAAGCUCAGAGGAUGACUCGUCCUAGCACUACCGUGCUUUGAAGCCUGCCAUACGUCUUGAGAGUCAGUGGAUCGUGUUCCUGCUCAUUUUGAUUGGCAUUGUUCCAAUUUUGUCAACUCAUUCCUGUCGCCAUCAAAAUUGUCAAUGAUGCUAGCCAAAUUUCAUUAACUUUGCUUGCUUUUCCUGUAUGCAACACCGCAUAUAUAGAAAAUCUUCAUAUUUCCAAGCGGCUUCUAGAUUGGUUCUAUGUUUUACGAGCGGAUGUUAAGCUGCUUGCCCUGCAGUUGCUCUUCUACUCGUUAAACAGGGAUGGUUGUGAUGAGUAUAUACAUUUGGAAACUACCUUGUACCCUGAGUUGUGACCCACAGGUUUCUUCCCAGACCCCACUGCCGGCUGGCGUAUCAAACUCCGGGACUAUAUAUAUAUAUAUAUAUAUAUAUAUAUAUAUAUAUAGUUACACUUCUCGCUUCAUAGAUUAUGAUCUCUGCCUCUGGCCUCCUCUUUGUCUCCCUUGUUCACUUCUCUAGUCUCUCCAACUCUUGCUUUCAUGGCCCCCAAUGACAAACUAGAUGUUGCUUAAUCCCCUAACCAUCGGAUCAUCCGUCGUGGUCGAAUUAGCACCCUUAAUGGCUAGAUCGACACUGGCUCACGUUUGUCAUGAGCUCCGAUGAUCUGUUGGCGUGGUUUGUUAUUGCAAAUAUAUGUGGUUUUUAGUUGGGAUUUUAUGGACUAAGUUUCAAAUUUGGCAUAAGAAAAUUGUGGAUUUUUAUAUUGGCUAAAACCUGCCACUUCAGAUAUGCACAUUUACAAUUUCCCAAGUCAUAUGUAUAAAGAAUAAUGCUUUGUACUCA